AUGCCGCAUCGAUCUUUCUGGAUUCUGUCCGUUGGAGAGAAAAAGACCUCCGUUGGCAAUACCUCGCAGAAGACUCUUGAACUCAUGCCUUCGACUCUGCCCGAACGGCUUCCGCUUUCCAGUUUGGUUAGACCCAGUGGACGGAAACUUCUCAGCGGAUUGUACCGCUUAUUACCUGGUAUCCACGGUGGCACCCUCGUUUUCAACGACCGCGGCGUUCCUUCCCUGUCGAUUCUAUUCAUUUCCGUCGCUGACUUUGUUAAGUAUCGAUUUCACCUAUUCAAUGGCCCAUUCUUCUGGAAAAUUGGACCUGCCUGGAGAACGAAACGUGAUUCCAUUCUCCUUUCUUCUUCCGUUUCAAGUUUCAUUAUGAUUAUAUUAGCAGCUACACCACUCGUGCUAAGCUGCACAAGGCAAAAGUACCUCCACGAGGCAAGUUCUCUGACGAACUUCAGCAAAAUUUCCCUUCAAGGGAAGUUUAUUCCUACGCACAACCGACCCUUGUACCUCUUUGUCAACGCGGACCCGUUCAAUGUCCUCUCAAAGUCGCAAGUCCAAGGUAACGCCGAAUCACGUUUGCAAGUCGAUGUCAACCACUCGUCUCUUCUCAAUCGACCCUCGUCGUCUGGUAUCAAUCCCCUCGAGGAUAAUCAUCGACAUCUCCGCGCUUCCCUCUUUGAUUUUGCCUGGAGCACCGGAAUAUAUGCGCGGGAGAAGACCUAUUACUGUACAGUUCCUGGAAAGAGGUCCUGA